AUGGAAGACUCGAGGCCUGAACAAGUGAAGAUCAAAGACCCUCGUGCUGAGUCGACGGAAGACCAACAAGUUGCGGUCCAACAAUCCUCUGACCAACAAAACUCCAUUGACAAGAAUGUAGCAUAUUCCCUUCUCCUCAUGCUCAUCGCCUUAGGGGCACGGCUCCUCGUCAUCACCCAUAACUCCUCCUGGCUACCAUCCUGGGCUCUCCCAUUGGUCACCUCCACAGUCGCCUUCUACAGCACACUGGCGGUACUGAGCAUAACACCCAUCAAAUCAGUCCUCCCUUCAAAUGGAACGCCAAUUACAGUUUACCGCCUGAUAAGCCUCUUUGGGGAGCAUGUGCUACCACUUCUCAUGUGGGUAGUGUUUUUCGGCUGGUUCGCAUACAAGGAGUCUUGGGAGGUGAUUAUCUUGCAAGCGCUGGCCACGCGGGUGGCUGUGGCAAUUGUGAAUACGCUGGUGGAAGCUUUUGGGCCUCAGGAUCAGGAUAAAGUUGCGGAGAGGGUUAUAGAGGACGAGGAAUGA